CUUGAUGUAUAAUCACGCUUAGAGACGAGAGGGAGAGCGAGCAUGUAGAGGCUGUAAAGGUUGUUAAAGCCGGUGUGGUACGGGUCGUGUGUUUUUCAUUUAUUGCGAGGAGAGUUUUCGCAUUCAUGCGGCUGAAGGAUGUGCACGCUGCAAGUUUUCGUCUACUGCACGAAAACAGUAGUGCGUUUAGCAGAUGGAGGUCGCGCGUGCGCUGUGACAGAUCAUGGGUCAGUCGCAGUCGCAAACGCGGCCAGGAAACGAUGCUGCUACUUCUCGUGUCUGCCAACAAGCACCUGCACCGUACUCAACGUCUCAGCUGGCUAAUGCUUCUACGAGCAGGACGUCACAAGGCUCGAACUUCCAGUAUGGCAUCCAGUCCAUCCCCUCCCUGCGUCGAGGGGAGCAGCCCCUGCUUGAAGUGAAGAGCCGCAAACCUGCAACGCCGGUUUCGCCACACCUCUCUCCCACCGGUGGCGGAGCAUCUUCACCAAGCACCAAACUCGUGCCCUUGCGUUGGGACCCGGAAUAUCAAACGCAAAAAUGUCUGGGUCUGGAAGAAUGCAAGAUUUGUCAUGCAUAUUUCUCAUGACCCAUGAUGCCUGUAAUGCUUGACCUAGCAUCGCAGACUUUUAGAGGGCUUCCUGAUGUACCUUCCGCAUGAGAAAUGCCCUGUCCGUGUAGCAAAAACUGCACCCCUCUUGCUGGUCAUGCAAUACAAGUUUUUUUAGAGUCCGAAAACAGCAUGACAAGUUGCAAUCUUCCAGACCCAGACACUUUUACAAUCCAUACGGAAUGCACGUUGAGUCAGUUUGAGCGGGUACUCGGUGGCAGCAGUGGCGUCCCAUCGGAGGGUAGCACCUCCCUGGGACUGAGCAACAAGCGGGUGCGGAAGAGCAUCGAUACCCCGACGAACUUCCACCCGCGCUUCGAGGGAAACGCCGGCGCGGAGUACAUCGAACCACCGACCUAUCGUACGAAAAAAGUGUUUCAGUGUAAGGAUUUUGCAAGUUUUGCAUCACAAGUUUGUUCUACAUCACAGAGAAAAUUUGCAAUGCAAGAUUCCCAAGGGAAAACACAGCUAAAAAUCUAGUGUCUUGCAUGUGUAGCAAGACAAACACUUCUCAGAUGCCGUUUCUGCAUUACAAGUUUACAUUGAAACAGUUUUUUCUUGCGAUACGACCCGGGCGCGGUUCUUGAAAAGCCAGAUGGGAAACUAUUACAGUGAAAAGUACCCCCCACCCCUGAAAUUGCAAAAAUUUGUGAUGCGAAGUUUCCAAAUGAAAACUUUUUGUCAUGCAUGAAAGCAGUAUGAAGCUUUCUGAUGCAGAGUCUAGGCAUGUAUCGCAUCGCUUGCAUGACAAGCGCCCCUCUAACUGGGAUCUUUUGCAAUACAAAUUUUUGCUAUUCGCGAUUGGAAACCUGUAAUGCUGAUAGAUGCAAGAGAGCGAAUGUUUCAUUUGGAAAGGUUUGCAAUACAAGUGCGCCCAAGUUCGGGGGUGGGGGCAUUUUUCAUGGUAAUACAACCGAGGCGUUUUUUCGCCAACUGCCACGGUUCGAUCGGCAGAUUGCGACCCUGAAGCAGCAGCGGGCGGAAUCCCAACCGCCCUUCGACAACAACAGUGUGCUGGAAAUGCCAGACACCCUGGACGAAGCUGCAGUCCAGGGAAAAAAAGAGGAGGACGACGCCGAUCAAGUCUACGCAGAACUAAUGGAGGCCGCUUCGGCAGAUGAAAGUAUUUCGGGUGAAGAUGACAGAGAAGCAGAAGCAGCAGAGCUGGGCGAUGCAGUUGUGGAUUUUUGCAGUUCUCAAGGUGUUAACUUUUCACCCGAGAGGACGGGAGCCGCUCCUUUUCUGUUCGCACCGGAGCAGAUGUUGAAAAUUUCUACCAGUGGUGGAAACAGCAACCACAUGUCUAUGGUGCAAGAUGUCGCCGACAUCGAGAUCGAUUUCAUGCCGAAGGAUCCGCCGCCGAGAGUGUCAGAAGAUGGUGUGUGCGACAGAGCCUGGGUUCCGAUGGACCACCCACCUUUGGAGCAACAGGGGGUCGAAGUAGAGAAUAAACACCAGCAGGACCACAACAUCCCUCAACAUCGUUCCAGCGAACACGACCACUUCGAUCAGCAGUGUUUGCAAUAUCACCCACGGAGGAUGCGGAUCCCGGAGCAUGAGCGCGCGGCCUUAGUCCGCCAGUUGCAGUAUGAGGAGCUGCAGCAGGAGCUUCCCCUACCGCUUGCAAGCAGCGUUGGUGCUACAAUAGGACAUCGAGGAAACGAAACACGGGAGUUCCGCGUUGUCGACGACGCGUCAGGAAGAAGCUUGUUCCAGAAGCAGCAAAACGGCAGGGAGGGAAAAAGACGCGAAGUAGACAGUUUCGGGUUACCCGCACUGCCGCGUUUUUCUGACGGACGGGGCGGACAGCUCGACCUGAAGCGGAAAUCCAGCGGGGGAAAUGACAACAUGAACAUGGUUGACUCUGCACCUUCCGGUGAGUUUCUUUUGUCCAACGAUGCGAAAAGACAAAGAACAUCUACCUCCUCGGCUGCAUUCAGCCCUAGAUGCAAUUGAAACGGAAAUGGAACAGAGAUAAAGAAGUGGCGCGAAAAAAAUCUAACGAAUUUCGAAGAACAAAGAAACAGUCUGCAAGAGUCGCCACUUUAUUUUGUUAUUUUAUGUAUGAAGAAGAAGAU